GUGGCAGGGGAGAGAAAGUAGCCAGCAGACGCCUCCUCUCCUCUCCUGGUGCGUCUCACAAGCUUUGCAAGGGGGGUGAAGACUAGGGGCGCUCUGGGCCAAGCUUGCAGGGGGUCCCCCCAGUCCCAAAGAGCUGCUCUGACGGUGACACCAUGUAAAACGAGACUGGCAGCCAAGCUGGAGUGGGGGUCCCUUUUGGCCAACCAAUGCCCAGCCAGGAGCAAAAUGUCCCAGUCAAACCGCUGCAGCCAACUCAGUUCAUUGUCCCCCAGAGGUGGGAAGGCAAAAGAAGAAGCCUCCACGGAGCAUGUGCAGAAAGCUCAGGAUACUGGGAAGCUGGUGACCCGAGAAAGUGUCAGCACUGCAUGGAUGACCGGAUGCCAGGGGCAGCCAGGGAAGCAAACAUUAACCAGCCAGAGCUUUGAAGCCAGUUUAUGGCACGGAGAGGGCUGAAACCCCAGAGGAGCUAGAACAUGUUGCAUACUGACACCACCCAAGCAAAGGUGUCAAAGGCUGUCCGAGACCUUCCUGCCUUCUUGGGCUGCUCAUAAGACAUCUAAGUAAGUUAGAAAGCAAACCUUGGAGAAGCCGCUGCCAGUCUGUGUAGACAGUACUGAGCUAGAGGGACCAGUGGUCGGACUCAAUAUGUGGCAGCUGCCUCUGUUCCAAACUAACAUGGAUCGCUCCAGUUUUGGUCCACUUCGCAGAAUCAUCCAGACUUCAGUCCAGUGUCCAGUCAGGAGAGGUGGAUGAUGCCGUCCCCCCUGCCAGCAUAGAGGACACAAACCAGACAAUCAAUCAGUUGCUGGUGUUUAUGAUCCACGUCGUCAGCACGAUAUUCUGCGGCCAUCUCGGCAAGGUGGAGCUGGCUUCUGUCACCCUGGCAAUUGCGGUGAUCAACGUAACAGGGAUCUCCGUAGGAUUCGGCUUGUCUUCAGCCUGCGACACAUUAAUGUCACAGACGUAUGGAGGGAAAAACAUGAAGCGUGUGGGCACCAUCCUGCAACGGGCUAUCCUCAUCCUCCUGCUCUGCUGCUUUCCCUGCUGGGCCGUCUUCGUCAACACGGAACAGAUCCUUUUGCUCAUCCGCCAGGACCCAGAAGUCUCCAGACUCACACAGGUUUAUGUCAUGAUCUUCAUUCCUGCACUCCCUGCAACAUUCAUUUAUCAGCUGCAGAUGCGGUAUUUGCAGAACCAGAGGAUCAUCUGGCCUGAGGUGUUAUGCGGCAUUGCUGGGAACGUGGUCAACGUGGUUGCCAAUCUCAUCUUUCUCUACCAGCUGGAUAUGGGGGUCCGGGGCUCUGCCUGGGCUAACACCAUCGCUCAGUACUCACAAGCCAUCGCCCUCUUCCUCUACAUCCGGUGGAAAAAGCUCCACGUGGAGACCUGGGGAGGCUGGUCCGCUGCGUGUCUCCAGGAAUGGGACGUGUUCAUGGCCUUGGCCAUCCCGAGCAUGCUCAUGACCUGCAUCGAAUGGUGGACCUUCGAAAUAGGAAGCUUUCUGAUAGGGCUGCUGAGUGUCCUCGAACUGUCAGUGCAAUCGAUCAUCUACGAAGUAGCCACCAUCGCCUAUAUGAUUCCGUUCGGGAUCAGCACAGCUGCCAGCGUCCUGGUGGGGAACGCCCUGGGAGCCGGAGAUGUGGAAAAAGCCAAGAAAUCCACAGUGGUCUCCUUUCUGUGCACAGUGUGUUUUGUCAUCCAAAUGGGCAUCCUCUUAGGAGCCACGAAGGAUGUCCUGGCGUACGUCUUUACCAGUGACGAAGAAGUGGUUGAGCUUGUGGCAUGGGUGAUGCCUAUCUACAUCAUCUUCCAUCUGUUUGAAGCUCUCUGUUGCACAACGAGCGGAAUCUUGCGUGGGACGGGGAAGCAGAAGCUUGGUGCCAUUUUCAACGCCAUCGGUUACUAUGGCGUGGGCUUGCCCGUGGGGAUCGUACUGGUCUUCGUGGCCAAAAUGGGAGUGUUAGGCCUUUGGCUGGGCAUGAUCCUCUGUGGCUUAAUCCCUUCUGUGUGCACCAUAAACUACAUCAUCCGGAUGAACUGGAAGCAAGUGGCCGAAGAGGCACGGUGUCGCGCCGGACUGACCCAGAAGCUGCCAGAGGACCCGAACUCGGCUCCCGGCCCCAUCAAGACAACCUCCUUCUCUGAAAAAACGGACACGCAGAACGGAGUGGUUCUGAUGAGCUACACCCAGAUGGAGGGGCCGGUGUACCAGAUCCAGCUCCCGGGCGAGACCAGCCCUGGCCUCUCCACCGUCGGCAAAGUCCUGACAACGAGGCAGCUGAUUGUGAAGCGCGGACUGGCCGUUGUGGCCGCCGUAGCCGUUCUGGCUGCGGGCGUCACGGUCCGGUUCCUCACCAUUCAAGAUUAGGCGGCUCGUUCGGCGUGCUGGCGGGGGGAAGCCCCGCUGACCCGAAGCAAGGAAAGGGAUGCUGGAGGUGGCGCCUGGCUUCUGAAGUUGUGGCUCAAUCCAGGCUGGUGUGCUGGUAGGACUCGAACCCAGGUCUUGCAAGUUCACACACCCCUCUAUAGUAGGCAGCGCUGGGUUAGAGGCACGCAGAAAGUGCACUCUGUGGGAUGUUGCUUUUGUGAAAUGCUGCUAGACUACCCUAGGGGGUGGGCUUUUUGUCUAAUUUUUAGACCCCCCCAGGGGGCAUCAUGGUGAGAAGACCAAGUCACAACAGCAGUCAGUGGCGGAGUAAAACAAAACAAAAACAAAACACAACCCGAUAUCUAAACGCUGACCAAUAAACAGCUUCCGCUCGUC